AUCGUUGCGGUACUGCAAAUUGUCCAACGCCUGGUCAUCUCUCUCCUGACUCGAUGAGGUUAUAAGCACGGAAAUCUGAAGGUAUACGUUCAUGGCAUCUUCUACUUCAGACACCAAGACUCAAGUUAUAUCGACGUAUCAUGAUCAUGCGACAUUCUCAUGCGCGCAGUGUUCAGCGGUGGUAGCUCUCCAGGACGAGCUUAUUAGUAAAUCAUUCUCUGGGAGGGAGGGUAGAGGCUACUUGAUGCAUUCUGCGGUCAAUGUCAAACUUGGAAAGAAGGAAGACCGUCCAUUAUUGACUGGUGUGCACACCGUUGCCGAUGUCUUUUGUGUUGGAUGCAACGACCGUCUAGGCUGGUACUAUCAUAAGGCCUCCGAUUAUUCGCAAAAAUACAAAGAAGGGAAAUAUUUGCUGGAGCGAGAGAAGUUGGUGAAGGAUAACGCUUGGAAGUUAGAUGAAUAAUGUAAUAAUUAGGGCUCAAUUCGUCACACUGUAUUGUUAUCUGUAUUUCACUCUUAUUUCCACUAAGAGGACGCGCUGCUCUUCCGCUAUGAUAGUAUCGAUAUACGUACAUACGAGAUACGUACUGUUCCGCGUCACUCAGUCUCUCUCGCAAGUGGCCC